GCAGAGGAGGUGCUAAAAUUGUACAUUGUAGAUACGUAUUGGCGACAACAGAAAACAAUUUGUAAAAGCAGUUGAAUGAAGUAGUGGAAAAGCUAAAAUGCACAAUCUGAAUAGAGAGAGUUGAGAAGAACGUGAAGCGUGAAAGAAAGAUAAUGGGUGCUUAUUGCAACGGAGACGUUUCGUUGCCACCAUCCUACGACGUCGCUUCAGGAGAAGAUCCCAGGUUCUGCAAGCACGUUCGCGACAACGUCCAUGGCAACAUUUAUCUCGAUUCCCUCAGUUUGAAGUUCAUUGACACUGAGCAGUUUCAGAGGCUUCGCGAGUUGAAACAACUAGGUUUUACGAACAUGGUUUAUCCAGGUGCUGUGCAUUCCAGAUUUGAGCAUUCUCUUGGUGUGUAUUGGCUUGCCAGUCAAUGUGUGGAAAAGCUUAAAACUUAUCAAGGCUUGGAGCUUGGUAUAAAUAGAUUUGAUAUUCAAACAGUGAAACUUGCAGGACUUCUGCAUGAUGUGGGACAUGGCCCUUUCAGCCACUUGUUUGAGCGCGAGUUUCUUCCCCAAGUUAUCAGUGGUUCUGAUUGGUCACAUGAACAAAUGUCAGUCGAUAUGGUUGAUUAUAUUGUUGAUGAACACCAUAUUGAUGUUGACCCUCAAAUGAUAAGAAGAGUCAAGGAGAUGAUACUGGCAAGCUCUGAAUAUGCUCCUCCAAGGAGCUCAAGUGAGAAAAGUUUCUUGUAUGAUAUUGUUGCAAAUGGCCGAAAUGGAAUUGAUGUUGACAAAUUUGAUUAUCUUCUCCGUGACUGUCGAGCUUGUGGUCUAGGAUGCAACUUUGAAUUUCGAAGGUUAUUGGAGACAAUGCGGGUUUUGGAUGAUGAGAUUUGUUAUCGUGCUAAGGACUACCUCACCAUCCACAAAAUGUUUGUCACCCGUGCUGAUCUUUAUAGAACAGUUUAUACACAUCCAAAAGUGAAGGCAAUAGAGCUUAUGGUGGUUGAUGCACUUGUUCACGCUAAUAGUUAUUUGGGGAUUUCGUCUAACAUACAUAAUCCUUCUGAGUACUGGAAGCUGGAUGACACAAUAAUUAAAACUAUUGAGACAACUCCAAAUCAAGAACUAAAGGAGGCCAGGGAGUUGAUCCUGCGCAUUCGAAGGAGGAAAUUGUAUCAGUUUUGUAAUGAGUAUCCUGUACCGAAGGAUAUGCUGGACAAUUAUAAGAAGGUCACUGCUCAAGAUAUUGUUUGUUCUCAGAAGAGUGGUGGAGUUACACUGAAAGAGGAGGAUGUAGCUAUUUGUAAUGUCAAAAUUGAUUUGACUCGUGGAAAGCAUAAUCCUCUGGAAAGCAUCCACUUUUUCAAGGAUUACGAAAGUGAUGAGAAAUUUACAAUACCUGAUGAUCGCAUAAGCCACUUGCUACCUACAUCUUACCAAGAUAUGAUAGUUAAGGUGUACGCCAAAAAGCCAGAACUGGUGGAGGCAAUUUCAGAGGCUUUUGAAAAUUUUCAGUUGAAAACAUAUGGCAUCAAAGCACAGGCACAUUCAACGCCACAGAAGAAGCGUCGUUACAAUCCAUUUAUAUAAGGGGAAAAGUUAUCAUUACUAUGAUACUAUUUUUUUGGCCUUCUGUCUCACCCUAUUUUGGUAUAACAUAUUCCAUAGUUGAAAUAUAGUGUAAGUCAACAGAAACCAAUGCCUACUUUCAAAGGUUGUAUUUGAGUUACCAUAUCGAAGAGUCAAUUACAUGUAUAGCAAUGGUCAAGUGUAACAGUUUCAUUUAGCUUUAAUUGGCAGUGAGAGCAAUCUUUAUUUGUCAAUGCUAGUUGGCAGUUACAACUUGCAAAUGUUUCCCAAAUAUCUUGUUCAAAUUGGACCAGUUUUCAUGGACGAGAAUGCAUCUCUAGUGUGCCCUUCUAUA